AUGACAAAUUCAACAUCACCACCGAUUACUUCAUCAACAAAUAAUAAUUUAACAUCAACAAAUUUUCCAAAUUAUUAUGAUUCAACUAGUGCAGCAGCCGUUGCUGCUGCUGCUUAUUAUGGACCAACCACAAAUCGAUUAAUGCAAACAACAUCCACAUCAGUACCAUCCUAUAAUGUUCAUCAAGCGAAUCCAUAUUCCGGUUAUACAGAUGCAGCUGCAUAUCAUUUACUAUCACGUCCAUCAGCGGCUGCUUAUUCUUAUGCAAUGGCAACGGUUAAUUCAAAAGAAUUAGCUAAACCAGCUAUGAGUUAUAUUGCAUUAAUAACAUCAGCUAUUCAAAAUAGUCCAGGUCAAAAAUGUACUUUAAAUGGUAUUUAUCAAUAUAUUAUGGAUCAUUAUCCAUAUUACCGAGAAAAUAAACAAGGAUGGCAAAAUUCAAUUCGACAUAAUUUAUCAUUAAAUGAUUGCUUUGUUAAAGUUACAAGAGAUGAUAAACGACCAGGUAAAGGGUCUUAUUGGAUGCUUCAUCCUGAUUCACAUAAUAUGUUUGAAAAUGGCUCAUUUUUACGACGACGUCGUCGUUUUAAACAAGAAUCAUCAAAUAAUCAUCAUCGACAUCAGCAAAAUUCAAGACAAAAAGGACAUCGAAAUUCACCUAGUUUAGUUAGUCCAACUAAUCCAAUUGAUACAAAAUUAAGUCGUACACGUAAUCAAAUUGAAAAAGAUACAACAUCGGAUGAGACUGAUUAUUUAGAAUCACCAAAAAAAAAACAUGCCGGUGGAUAUACAACUCCCAAAGUAGAACCCGUUGAAGCCAGUGAAUCAGGUGAUCAUGUAUCAACAUAUAAUCAUUCAUCAUCAUCCCCAAAACCAUCAUCAUCGUCAAUGAGAAUACCAAAUUUUAAUCUUUUUGAUACAAUGACAGCUGUUGGAAUAUAUGAUUCAACUGUUAAUUCAUCAACAAUAGCUAAUAAUAAAACAAAUUUUUAUCAUGUUCAAAAUGGUAAUCAUCAUAAUACACAACAUAUGUAUGCUUCAAAUAAUGAUUAUGGUUCAUCAUCUAUUCCAACAUCAAAUAGUUACUGGCCAUAUUCAACACAAUCAUAUUUUCCAGCAACAACAAGGCAGUAUAUGGUUAAUCAAAUACCUUCAACAUCAUUAUCGGAUCCUUGUGCAUCAGCUACUCAACAAGAUUUAUCCUAUCAUACACAUGGAUCUUAUUCACAUAUGCAAAAAACAGUUGGAAAUUAUCCAACUAGUUAUGAAUUUUAUCAACCACAUAAUGCCAAAUACUGUUAA